GCAGUCUGUAGGGGUGACCCAUUGACUGGCCCAUACGCACCACUAUGGAGUGGCUUUGGAUCGCCCUGGCAACAUGUAUGCUCACGUCCCGCUCUGUCAAAGGCAACAACUGGUGGUUGGAGUAUGAGGAGGGGAUACGACACUACAGCAAGGAGGCCCUGAGCAAGGAGUUUCCAGAGAAGGCUCGACCGGUGAGCUUCAAACAUCCUGUGUUCCAGUGCCCAGAUAUGAGUCCUUCUCCCUCCGUCCCCUCCUCAGUUGAAUUUGUGAAGGCGGCAGAUAUCAAAGUCAUCGCUGCCUUGGGGGAUUCACUGACAACAGCCAUAGGUGCCAACGCCACCACUGUCCUCGGGAUUCCUAUUGAGUUUCGUCACGUGUCUUGGAGCAUUGGAGGCUACGGAUCAUUUCAGGAUGCCAUUACUUUGGCAAAUAUCAUCAAGCUGUUCAAUCCCAGCCUGCUGGGUGCUGCUCCUGGCAAGACGGUCCACGGCAUGCAGGCUCAUAUCAGUGAAACUGGCUUCAACCUGGCUGUGACUGGACACAACACCUUCAACCUCCCCGGCCAGACGAGACAUUUGAUUGACACACUGAGAGGUUAUGAGGGUCUAAACUUUGAGAAAGACUGGAAGCUCUUGACCAUUCUCAUGGGCAUGAAUGACAUCUGUGAUUACUGCAAAGAUAAGGCUCUAUUUUCCGUGGAUAACUUCAUUCACUAUAUGGCCGUCUCCUUGGAAAUGCUUAUGAAUGAGGUUCCUCGUAUGAUCGUUAAUGUCGUUCAGAUCCUGCCCAUGCAGACUCUGAGGGAGGUGCAGAAGCCCACCCCAGGGUGCCUGCUCCAAAGGUCUUUCUGCUCAUGCCUGAUAGAGCCUGUAGCCAAGUCUCCUGAACUGCGGGAGCUGGUAGAAGUCAAUCUGGAGUUUCAGAAAAGACUUGAGGAGCUGCUGCACAGCGACAGGUUCUUCAGGGACGACUUUGCUGUUGUUCUCCAGCCCUUCCUGAAGCACGCAGACCCUCCCCGUCUCCCGAAUGGGAAGAUCGAUAUGACCUUCUUCACUCACGACUGCUUCCACUUCACCAUAAAGGGGCACGAGGAGCUGGCCAAGGGGCUGUGGAACAACAUGUUUCAGCCUGAGGGAGGAAAGAUGAUUGUGAGCAGUUUCUCCGACCCCAUCAGCCUCAUCUGUCCACCUAUGGAACACCCAUAUAUCUUCACCCGGCCGAUUGCAGCCAAGUCAGGCAAGCCUCAAAUUCAGUCCGACGCUCUGUCGCAGGCAGCCGCCUUCCUGCUGCUCUCACUCCUUGUGGGUUUGGGAUGUCUUGGACUCCUGUAGCUUUCACU